CUCUCUCUCUAGAGCCCCACCAGAUCCUCUCCUCGAUGCGCGAGCCCAUCGAUUGCUCAAUCUCCAUCCCCUGGGCUCAAGAGCUCUAUAAUUUCGGACCCGAGCCGUAAGGGAACGCUUCUCCGAGCUUUGGCGGAUUCAUGGGACCGCGAGGAUUGGGUAAAAUUUCGUGUUUUUCUUGGCUGAGCUGAGCUGGCCGGGGUUUGGUUUGGAGGGAUCGAGCUGGUUGAUUUGGUUGGGGGAGGUGGGAUGUCGCGGCGGCUGUCGCUGCCGGCGGGGUCGCCGGUGACGGUGACGGUGUCGCCGGUUGGAGCGAAGACUGGGAGCCCAGGGGAUGGGGUGGUGAAGAGGGGCGGCGGAGGGGGGCUCACAAGCCCGGCGCCGAGGCACUCGCUCGGGGGGUCGCACUCGCUCGGGGGGUCGUCGUCCACCGCGACGCUGCAGGUCUCGCCCGUGCGUCGCAGCGGGGGGAGCCGCUACCUGGGCGCGUCGCGGGAUGGUGAUGGCAUGGACGCCAGCGCCGAGUUCGUGCACUACACCGUGCACAUCCCGCCCACGCCGGAGAGGACGGCGUCCGCGGCGAUGGACUCCGACGAGGCCCCACCGCCGGCGGACGAGGAGGGAGCGGAGGUGCGCGCACAGAGGAGCUACAUCUCGGGCACUAUCUUCACCGGCGGGCUCAACCAAGCCACGCGCGGCCACGUGCUCAACACCUCCACCGACGGCGGCGCGAGGGCUGUCGCGGCCUCCGGGAACAUGUCGUGCAAGAUGCGCGGCUGUGACAUGCCUGCGUACCUGACCUCUGGCGGCGGUGGGCAGCCGCCCUGCGACUGCGGAUUCAUGAUCUGCCGGGAGUGCUACAUGGACUGCGUCGCCGGCGCCGGGAACUGCCCCGGCUGCAAGGAGCCGUACUCCGCGGGCAGCGAAACCGACGACGACGAAGACGAGGCCGUCUCCUCGUCGGAGGAGCGGGACCAGCUGCCGCUGACGUCCAUGGCGAAGCGGUUCUCCUUGGUGCACUCCAUGAAGGUGCCCAGCAGCAACGGUUGCGCUGGCAAGCCGGCCGAGUUCGACCACGCCAGGUGGCUCUUCGAGACCAAGGGGACCUACGGCUACGGUAACGCUCUCUGGCCCAAGGACGGGCACGGCGGUGGUGGCGGCGGCACAGGCUUCGCUGGGUUCGAGGAGCCGCCCAACUUCGGCGCCCGGUGCCGCCGGCCGCUGACAAGGAAGACCAGCAUUUCUCAGGCCAUCCUCAGCCCUUACAGGCUGCUGAUCGCCAUCCGUCUGGUGGCGCUGGGUUUCUUCCUGGCGUGGCGCAUCCGGCACCCGAACCCGGAGGCGGUGUGGCUGUGGGCCCUCUCGGUGACGUGCGAGGUGUGGUUUGCCUUCUCCUGGCUGCUCGACAGCCUCCCGAAGCUCUGCCCCAUCCACCGCGCUGCCGACCUGGACGUCCUCGCCGAGCGCUUCGAGUCGCCCACCGCGCGCAACCCCAAGGGCCGCUCCGACCUCCCCGGCAUCGACGUCUUCGUCUCCACCGCCGACCCGGAGAAGGAGCCGCCCCUCGUCACCGCCAACACCAUCCUCUCCAUCCUCGCCGCCGACUACCCAGUCGAGAAGCUGGCCUGCUACCUCUCCGACGACGGCGGCGCGCUCCUCACCUUCGAGGCGCUCGCUGAGACCGCCAGCUUCGCGCGCACCUGGGUGCCCUUCUGCCGGAAGCACGGCGUCGAGCCUCGCAGCCCGGAGGCGUACUUCGGCCAGAAGAGGGACUUCCUCAAGAACAAGGUGCGGGUGGACUUCGUCCGGGAGCGGAGGAAGGUGAAGCGGGAGUACGACGAGUUCAAGGUGCGGGUGAACUCGCUGCCGGAGGCGAUCCGGCGGCGCUCAGACGCGUACAACGCCGGUGAGGAGCUGCGUGCCAGGAGGCGCCAACAGGAGGAGGCUAUGGCGGCCGGCGCCCUUCCAGGAGCGUUGCCCGAAGCGGCGGCAGCCGUGAAGGCGACAUGGAUGUCAGACGGCUCGCACUGGCCUGGCACAUGGCUCACCGCAGCGUCGGACCAUUCCCGCGGCGACCACGCAGGCAUCAUUCAGGCAAUGCUGGCGCCACCGACGUCGGAGCCAGUGAUGGGCGGGGAACCGGCGGAGUUCGGCGUGCUGAUCGACACGACGGGCGUGGACAUCCGGGUGCCGAUGCUGGUGUACGUAUCCCGCGAGAAACGGCCGGGGUACGACCACAACAAGAAGGCUGGCGCCAUGAACGCGCUGGUCCGCACCAGCGCCAUAAUGUCCAACGGGCCCUUCAUCCUCAACCUAGACUGCGACCACUACGUGCACAACUCGGCGGCGCUCCGGGAGGGGAUGUGCUUCAUGCUCGACCGCGGCGGCGAUCGCGUCUGCUACGUCCAGUUCCCACAGCGGUUCGAGGGCAUCGACCCCAACGACCGCUACGCCAACCACAACCUCGUCUUCUUCGACGUCGCCAUGCGCGCCAUGGACGGGCUGCAGGGCCCCAUGUAUGUGGGCACCGGGUGCGUCUUCCGCCGCACCGCGCUGUACGGGUUCAGCCCGCCGCGCGCCACUGAGCACCAUGGCUGGCUCGGGAGGAAGAAGAUCAAGCUGUUCCUGCGGAGGAAGCCCACCAUGGGGAAGAAGACGGACAGGGAGAACAACAACGAGAAGGAGAUGAUGCUGCCCCCGAUCGAGGACGACAGCUUCCAGCAGCUCGACGACAUUGAGUCGUCGGCGCUGCUCCCGCGGCGGUUCGGCAGCUCGGCGACGUUCGUGGCGUCGAUCCCGGUAGCCGAGUACCAGGGGCGGCUCCUGCAGGACACGCCGGGCGCGCACCAGGGCCGUCCUGCCGGCGCCCUGGCCGUGCCCCGCGAGCCACUGGAUGCGGCCACCGUCGCCGAGGCCAUCAGCGUGGUCUCGUGCUUCUACGAGGACAAGACAGAGUGGGGGCGGCGCAUCGGGUGGAUCUACGGAUCAGUGACAGAGGACGUGGUGACCGGGUACCGGAUGCACAACCGCGGGUGGCGGUCCGUGUACUGCGUGACCCGGCGCGACGCAUUCCGCGGCACGGCGCCCAUCAACCUCACCGACCGUCUGCACCAGGUGCUCCGCUGGGCGACGGGCUCUGUGGAGAUCUUCUUCUCCCGCAACAACGCCCUGUUCGCGUCCCGGCGGAUGAAGCUCCUCCAGCGCGUCGCCUACUUCAACGUCGGCAUGUACCCCUUCACCUCCGUCUUCCUGCUCGUCUACUGCGUGCUCCCCGCCGUGUCGCUCUUCUCCGGCAAGUUCAUCGUGCAGUCGCUCAACGUCACCUUCCUGGCAUUCCUGCUCAUCAUCACCGUCACGCUCUGCCUGCUGGCGCUGCUGGAGAUCAAGUGGUCCGGGAUCACGCUGAACGAGUGGUGGCGCAACGAGCAGUUCUGGGUGAUCGGUGGCACGAGCGCGCACCCGGCUGCGGUGCUGCAGGGCCUGCUCAAGGUGAUCGCCGGCGUGGAUAUCUCCUUCACGCUGACGUCGAAGCCGGGCACAGGGGAUGACAGCGAGGAGGACGCGUUCGCGGAGCUGUACGAGGUGCGGUGGAGCUUCCUGAUGGUGCCGCCUGUGACGAUCAUGAUGGUGAACGCGGUGGCGGUGGCGGUGGCAUCGGCGCGCACGCUGUACAGCGAGUUCCCGCAGUGGAGCAAGCUGCUGGGCGGCGCCUUCUUCAGCUUCUGGGUGUUGUGCCACCUCUACCCGUUCGCCAAGGGUCUCCUUGGGCGCCGCGGCCGCGUGCCAACCAUCGUGUUCGUCUGGUCGGGGCUCAUCGCCAUGACCGUGUCGCUGCUCUGGGUCUACAUCAGCCCUCCCGCCGGCGCAAGGGAGCGCAUUGGCGGCGGCGGCUUCAGCUUCCCGUAGUAGUUGCAUGUCUGAACGAGAGAAGCCCACGCCCACGCCCACAUGAAGGAGUCCUUGCUUCAUGGGGUGUUGUUACUUGUCAGUGGUAAUUAGCUGUGAUGAUGCAUUCUUAAGUAGCUGAUGAGCUGCUGCUGUAUCCAGAUUGAAUACUUGUUUUAGUUAUUAUGCUGCUCCAAAACUGUAUAUUGUGAUUGCAUGCAUUCUAGGUUAAUUAGAUCUGUGCCAUUAUAAAUUUAUAUGAAUUGAAAAGUACUAUUAUAAAUUA